CAACGACGUGAAAUAUUUUUUUAUAACAUUGUAUAAAAACGGUGUGUUUCACCAAAAAUGGUUAUUCGAUUGCUUUGAAACUCUGCAGUCAUUAAAAACAUAUAUUCAUCUUACUAGUAGGUUAUUUACAGUGAUUUACAUUGAGUGGAAUGGCAGAUAAAGAGACUGAGGUGAAGGGGGCACCUCCACCGGCUGCGGAUGGCGACAUGGGUGAUGCAGAGAAAGCUGCGGCCCAACUGAAGAAAGAGAAGGCCGAAGCUAAAAAGAGAGAGAAGAUGGAGAAGUUUCUUGCCAAGCAGCUGAAACAGGCUGAGAUGAAGAAAACCAAGGGUGAUAAAGAUGACAGCAAUGAUAAGAAGAAAAAGGAGAAAGAUAAGGAAGUGAAAGCUGUCAUCACUUACGAUAAGCCCACGGCAGAGGGUGACAAGAAAGAUGUGUCUGGUGCGAUGCCUGAUGCUUACAGUCCCAAAUAUGUUGAGGCCGCUUGGUAUACUUGGUGGGAAAAGAGUGGCUUCUUCAAGCCGGAAUAUGGAAGAACAAGUGUAUCGGAGAAGAACCCCAAAGGAGUGUUUAUGAUGGUCAUUCCACCACCUAACGUGACUGGAGCUCUCCAUCUCGGCCAUGCUCUAACCAAUGCGGUGGAGGAUGCUAUCACCAGGUGGCAUCGCAUGAGGGGCGUGACGACACUAUGGAAUCCUGGGUGUGAUCACGCUGGUAUCGCCACACAGGUCGUCGUUGAGAAAAAGAUCUGGAAGGAACAGCAGUUGACGAGACAUGAUCUUGGGCGGGAAAAGUUUAUCGAACAUGUCUGGAAGUGGAAAACGGAGAAAGGUGACCGUAUCUACAACCAGCUGAAGAAGCUUGGAGGAUCAUAUGACUGGGACAGAGCUUGCUUCACAAUGGAACCAAAACUUUCCCGAGCUGUCAAAGAAGCAUUUGUGCAGAUGCACGAAGACGGCAUCAUUUACCGUAACAAUCGCCUUGUCAACUGGUCGUGCACGCUCAACUCUGCCAUCUCAGACAUUGAGGUUGAUAAGAAGGAGCUUCCUGGUCGUACCAUGCUUGCUGUCCCUGGCUACAAGGACAAAGUGGAAUUUGGUGUCAUUGUUUCAUUUGCGUACAAGGUUGAUGGAUCAGAUGAUGAAGUAGUUGUAGCUACAACACGUAUAGAGACGAUGUUGGGAGACACGGCGGUGGCGGUCCACCCUCAGGAUGACAGAUAUAAACACCUUCACGGCAAGUUCGUCGUUCAUCCAUUCUGUGAGAGGAAGAUGCCCAUCGUUCUCGAUGAUUUUGUUGACAUGAACUUUGGAACAGGUGCUGUGAAAAUCACCCCGGCUCACGAUGCGAAUGAUUACGAGUGUGGCAUGAGGCAUAACCUGCCGUUCAUUACUUGUAUCAAUGAGAAAGGUCUGAUGACAGAAGAGUGUGCUACCUUUGCUGGCAUGAAGAGGUUUGAUGCGAGGAAAGCUGUGCUGAAAGCAUUGAAGGAGAAGGGCCUUUACAAGGAGACCAAGGAUAACCAGAUGGUUGUGCCCAUGUGCAGUCGUUCCAAAGAUGUGAUCGAGCCCCUUCUCAAACCGCAGUGGUACAUGAACUGUACAGAGAUGGCAGACGCAGCUGUAAAUGCUGUCAAAACAGGUGAACUGAAAUUGAUCCCUGACUCUCACAACAAGAUCUGGUUCAACUGGUUAGAGAACUGUCGAGAUUGGUGCAUCUCGCGUCAGCUAUGGUGGGGACAUCGGAUUCCUGCCUACUUCAUCAAGGUCGACGAUCCAAGUGUACCCGCAGGAAAGGAUGAUGACGACCAUUACUGGGUGAGCGGACGAACAGAGGCAGAAGCCCUCGAGAAGGCAGCCAAGCGCUUCAACGUUCCAGCAGAGAAGAUCAGCCUCCACCAGGAUGAGGAUGUGCUCGAUACCUGGUUUUCAUCAGGACUGUUUCCCUUCUCCAUAUUCGGCUGGCCAGAUAAGACCGAGGACCUGGAAGUGUUCUACCCGGGGACGCUCCUCGAGACGGGACAUGACAUCCUCUUCUUCUGGGUUGCCCGGAUGGUCAUGAUGGGCUACAAACUCAUGGGGAAGCUGCCCUUUAAAGAGGUUUACCUGCACGCAAUGGUGCGUGACGCCCACGGUCGUAAGAUGAGCAAGUCGCUAGGCAACGUCAUUGAUCCACUCGAUGUCGUGAGUGGUAUCACUUUAGAAGCUCUCCAUAAGACGCUCGAGGAUAGUAACCUGGACCCCAAGGAGAUAGCGAAAGCAAAAGCUGGGCAGAAAGGGGACUACCCGAAUGGCAUCCCCGAGUGUGGAACCGAUGCCCUCAGGUUUGCCCUCUGUGCAUACACAUCUCAAGGUCGCGACAUCAACCUCGAUGUCCUCCGUGUCCAAGGUUACCGCUUCUUCUGUAACAAACUCUGGAACGCCACCAAGUUUGCCCAGAUGAGUUUAGGGGAGGGAUACACACCAUUACCGGCUCAUGAGUUGAAUGGAACUGAAAAACCCAUGGAUCUGUGGAUCCUCAGUCGUCUCUCAGAAGCAGUCAAUCUAUGCGAUCAGGCGUUUAGAAACUACGACUUCCAGUCAGCAACAACUGCAUGUUAUAACUUCUGGUUAUACGAGCUCUGUGAUUAUUAUCUAGAGUACUUAAAACCAGUUGUCAAUGGCACGGAUGAAGCAUCCAAGGCAACAUCACGACAUAUGCUGUACACGUGUCUUGACGUUGGUCUACGCCUUAUACAUCCUUUUAUGCCCUUCGUUUCUGAAGAGCUCUUCCAGCGGUUAUCACGACGAACAGCUCAUGAGCCACCGAGUAUAUGCAUUACUCCCUACCCCGACCCAGAACAGUUUAACCAUAAGAAUCGCUCACUAGAGUCAGAUGUGGAGUUUGCUCAGAAUGUUGUGAAGGCUGUGAGAGCUAUGAGGGCAGAUUAUCAACUCACGCCAAAAAACAAAGCUCAUCUCUACUUGAAGUGUCGGGACGCAGCCACGCAGACGACCCUCCUUAAGUUCACUGAUAUGAUAAUGACAAUGACAUCAUCAUCACACGUCGAGGUUCUAUACGAGGGUCAGCCACCAGAGGGAUGUGCCAUACAGACUGUAUCGGCUCACUGUGAGGUCCAUCUCAUGCUGAAGGGUCUGAUUGAUAUCAGUAAAGAGAUCAGCAAACUCGAGGACAAGAAAUCAAAGUUAGAGACUCAGAAACAGAAGCUGAAGAAUUCAAUGGCAAUGGACGGUUAUGAGAGCAAAGUGCCAGAGAAUGUCCGUGAGCAGAAUACAGAAAAGCUCCACAACUUGGACAUCGAAGUGGACAAGUUGGCCAUCGCUCUACAAACGCUCGCCAAGAUGCAGUAACGGUGGAGACAGUUAGGACAUUCAACAAUAACACUGUAUGUAGUGAUAGGGAACACCUCACUUGGACUGUUGGUAGUAACACCUCAUCAUGUGGAAACACUUGAUUCAGACUUUAUUGGAACAGGAAACACAGCAUCGUGAUACUUUACAAAGCUUAUCAACAGUGAACAUCUGUGGGGUUUUUUCAUACUUAAAGGUUGGACUCUUUUCUCUUGGCCCAGAGCAUGAGGAUGCUCAUUCAGGAGACAUUGCUUAUGUAAUAAAUGUGCUUUGUUGUCACACAAAAUGGAUGUAUGGAUGCUUCAAUGGGAAAUUUCAUCGUAUUUGAGAAUAUCAGCAAACCUGCUGCUACCUCUGUAUGGAAUUGUACUUUUGGUUUCGGCAUUUACUUAGUUUCUGAAAUGAAACUUGCUUUAUUAUUGGUGCAAUAGGUCAAACUCUAUGAUUGAGCAUAGAAUGAUGAAGGUCUUCCCUACAGCGGUGAUUUGAACUGUUACCAACCUGGAGGUAUUGUCUGUCUCACCAAACAUCAUGGCAGCCAAGGUUUUGGGGACAUUGAUUCUGGAACUGUUAUAAUAAUCAAAUAUCUAGAAUGUUUUGAAGCUGAACCUUGCAGCACAAUGACUUGAUUGGAUCCACUGUUCAAAUUCAUAUCUCAUUUAAAUUAUGCUCUGUAAU